AUGGCGAGGAUCAGAGGAAUGGAGUUAGGUGUCCGGUUCCGUUAUUAUUUCCAGCACCCAUGGUUGCGCCUUCUUGUAGCCUACCUCGUAACCUUCUUUAACUUUCUCAUCUUUGCUGAAGACCCUGUAUCACACAGCCAGACGGAGGCACACAUGAUAGUUGUGGGAAACUGCUUCUCCUUUAUCCUGAAUAAGUAUCCAGGUGGAGGGUGGAACUUUCUGAAAGUAUUGAUGUGGAUUCUGGCAAUCUUCACAGGACUCAUUGCUGGGAAGUUCAUCUUUCAUCGAAGACUGCUUGGGCGGUUCCUACGACUGAAGAUGUUUCGUGAGGACCAUGGCUCCUGGAUGACUAUGUUCUUCAGCACUAUCCUUUUCCUCUUCAUCUUCUCUUACAUCUACAAUCUCUUCCUCCUCAUAAAUGGAGGCAUGAGCACUCACAUGGUCACAGAGUACAUGGGCAUAAGGAAUGAGAGCUUUAUGAAAAUGGCUGCCGUUGGUACGUGGAUGGGAGACUUUGUGACGGCGUGGAUGGUGACAGACAUGAUGCUGCAAGACUCGCUGUACCCGGACUGGGGACGAGCAGCUCGGCGCUUCUGGAAACAGGGCAACAACAGAAUCGUGCUCUUCUGGACAGUUUUAUUUUCCCUGACCUCUGUGGUGGUAUUGGUUAUCAGUACAGAUUGGAUUAGUUGGGAUAAUCUGAACCGAGGGUUCUUACCCAGCGACGAAGUCUCGCGCGCCUUCCUUGCCUCCUUUAUUCUUGUCUUCGACCUCCUCAUUGUCAUGCAGGACUGGGAGUUUCCUCAUUUCAUGGGGGAUUUGGAUAUGAACCUUCCUGGCCUGUCUACAACGCAGAUAAAAUUUAAACUUCCAGUCUGCAAGCGAAUCUUCAAGGAUGAGUAUCAUAUACACAUCACAGGUAAAUGGUUUAACUAUGGCAUUAUCUUCUUGGUCCUCAUUCUUGACUUAAACAUGUGGAAGAACCAGAUCUUCUAUAAGCCCUAUGAGUAUGGCCAGUACGUUGGUCCAGGAGAGAAGAUCUACACAGUAGAGGAGCCAGACACUCUUAGCAACUUCAACCGCAGCACAUUAACAUGGGAAUGGCGAUCGACUAAUGUUGACCCGCACACCAACCUCACUUACAUCAAAAGAGACAUGUUCCUCCACAGUCGCUACAUCGGUGCUAGUCUAGAUGUCAAAUGCUUGGCGUUCAUUCCAAGCUUAGCUGCCUUUAUCCUCUUUGGCUUCUUUAUCUGGCUUUUUGGACGUUUCCAGGAGAGCGAGACGUUUCUGGAGAGCCAGGACAAGACGUAUGAGCGAAUCAAGCGCAAAUCACCCUCAGAUUUGGGCAUCACACCUGAGGAAGUGCAUGUAUCAAUGAGCGAGACUUUAAAAAGGAGUGCCACUCCAAUUUUGCUGCUAGUGGACACUCAUCAUUUCGGGUCCUCAACUAACUCUAUAUCCCCCUGUUCUAAUGAGACUCAGGAGACACAACCUAGCAGUUCUGUAGAUAAAGUAGCAUGUGCCGAGGCUGCAGAUGUUAACAAACUAACUCCAUAACCUUAAGCAAAGCUAAUAUAAACUCUGGAGAGUUGAGAUAUGUUUCUGCUGAGCUCCUCCAAAUCCAUCUUUGCCUUGAUGGGAUCAUUAACGAUGACCAGGCCAAUAUCUGAAUACAUGCCUCUAACACAGCGCCAGCGAAAAGACAUUGUAGGCUUGUUCAGAAACCUGCUUUGAAACUUCUAAUACAGGAGAUUGCACAGUGUGUUUUCUACAUUUAGUGGCACCCAGAUUUUGGUACUUAGUUUACAUUUCUUUUCAUUAGAGUAUUGUAUACGGUAUGGUCCAAAGGUGCUUAACAUUUUAUUUUUUUAUAUAUUUUUAUUGAGCUACUUUGGUGCCUAUAUGAAAAAUCUGUUUAUAUACCAAGUGCAUGGCAAUGUAGUCAUGAGGAAUAUUCAGCAGAAAGAUCUGUGCCUUUAGUAGUUGAGUCCAUUAUUGGGCAAUAGAAUUUAAAAGUCUUUUAAAGCAUCAUUACAUUAUAUUAAUCUGUUAUGCAAUACAGUGUGUCCAUAGUGUGUCUUCUCAUAUAAUUUUGUAAUUUACUAUAAAAGAAAUCAUUUUAUUAAAUAACUUCUUACCAACACCAGUAGAAAGCUGAAAAUCAUCAAGUGUGGAAUUUUCUCACAGAUCCUGACUGUUUGUCCUCUAAAAAGAACCCUUGGCAAAAAAUAACAAAAUUACCGCCCUUAGAGAUUUCUCAUGCAGCAUUGUAACAAAUAAAGUAAUUACAGAUAUGGCAAAAAGGGUGUUUUCAUUUAACAUACUGUACCUCAAACAAAUUAAAUGGUGUUAUUUUAAUUAAUUCCAUAUUUUUCCCAGAGAACGUAGAGAGGACAAAAUUGUGGAAUCACUCAAUGUUCAGUGUAUAUAUGGAAUUGCAUUGUCAUUUGCAUUUCUAAAGCAUAUGUUGGCACAGGUCUAAAAUGUAAAUUAACCUGCAGGUAAAAGUGAGUGCUUAAAAAUCCAAACAUGCUGAUGGAUUUGGCUAAUUAAAAGGAAACAUAACCCCAACAAGAGAGUUAUUAACUAAAACAAUAGAAACAAAUUAUGAUCCUCCUUCAAUAAGGAAAUCCAACACGGAGUGUAGCAAACCAUGUUGGUUGUUCCCAGGCACCUGUGUCUAAAAUUUAGUGCACGUACAAACAAAACGGGAUUAUAAGUUUCUAAAAGCAGGAGGUCUAAGUGUCAGGAUAAAAGAACUCAAACCAAUUUUCCUUGAUAAUAGAAAUUGCACAACAAAACCAAUGAAAAGCGAACAUGCGGAAACAGCAGUCACAGAACUCUUUGUGACAGAACUAUAGGAAAUUAGCUAAACGUAAUGGGAUUUACAGAAAAGCCCAAAGAAAAAAAAAACACCUCAACAGAAGUUUACAAUGGCCUAAAGAGAAGCAGUCAUGUAGUGUGGAUGAUUGGAAGCAACUAAUGUUCAAUAAUGAAUCACAAAUUUGCGUUGGUCCAAAAAAAAAAAUAUGCCGAAACAUUUAGAACUCAUGAAGAUACUGAAAUACAAUCAAAUUUCCCCCCUCAUUUAUGAUCUGGAAGUGCAUGUCAGAUAAAGGACCAGGGCAGAUGGCAAUCAUUACCCCAACAGUCAAUGCACAGAUGUACAUUAAGAUUUUCUCAUUUCAUUGAUAGAAAAUAGAUUUGACGAUGAAGUAAUUUAUUAGGUUGAUAAUUGCAUCUUGCCACAGAGCAAAGAGCAGUAAUGCUUUUCUUCAGGAAAAACAUAUCAACUCUCUAAUAUAGCCAGAGAACAUUACGGGUCUUUUUUUAAGUGAAAAUUUAUGGUGAAAAUGUAACAAGGCUUCAUCUUACAAAAGCUGAUCUUCUAACCCCUAUUGGCGAAUGUUAGGAUCUGCUGGAUGGAGAAUAUUGUUUUUUAAUGGUGAUGUAAUUUCUUUAUUAAAGACGAGAAACAAAUAAUUUUUUUGUAAUGAUUCCAUAAUUUUUGUUCCUCAACAUUUA